CACAUCGGAAGCUCUGGCCCUGAGGAGCGCCCUAAGUUAGUCCUGCCAUGGGAUUGUUCAAUGCCACCCACCCUGCUUUUUUCCUGCUGACUGGUAUCCCUGGUCUGGAGAGCUCUCACUCCUGGCUAGCAGGCCCUCUCUGUGUGAUGUAUGCUGUGGCUCUGGGUGGAAACACAGUGAUUCUGCAGGCUGUGCGGGUGGAGCCCAGACUCCAUGAGCCCAUGUACUACUUCCUAUCCAUGCUGUCCUUCAGUGAUGUGGCCAUGUCCAUGGCCACACUGCCCACUGUUUUCAGAACCUUCUGCCUGGAUGCCCAGACUAUUACCUUUGAUGCCUGCCUAGUCCAGAUGUUUCUCAUUCACUCCUUCUCCAUGAUGGAGUCGGGUAUUUUGCUGGCCAUGAGUUUUGACCGCUAUGUGGCUAUUUGUGAUCCCUUGCACUAUGCCACUGUGCUCACCAACGAAGUCAUUGCUGGAAUGGGUUUAGCUGUGACUGUCCGGAGCUUCAUCACCCUCUUCCCUCUUCCCUUCCUUAUCAAAAGGCUGCCUAUCUGCAGAUCCAAUGUUCUUUCCCACUCCUACUGCCUCCACCCAGACAUGAUGAAGCUUGCUUGUUCCGAUAUUACUAUCAACAGCAUCUAUGGACUCUUUGUGCUUGUAUCCACCUUUGGCAUGGACUUGUUCUUUAUCUCCCUCUCCUAUGUGUUAAUUCUGCGCUCUGUCAUGGCCAUUGCUUCCCGUGAGGAACGCCUCAAAGCUCUCAACACAUGUGUGUCACAUAUUCUGGCUGUACUUGCAUUUUAUGUACCAAUGAUUGGGGUCUCCACAGUGCACCGCUUUGGGAAGCAUGCCCCACGCUACAUACAUGUCCUCAUGUCUAAUGUCUACCUGUUUGUGCCUCCUGUGCUCAACCCUCUCAUUUACAGUGCCAAGACCAAGGAGAUCCGCCAAGCCAUUGUCCGCAUGUUUCACCGCCUCAAAAUAUGACUUCAAGUUUGGUUUUAAGAUCUGAUGUUUAUUGUGGCCAUAGUCCC